GGAAGGAAGGAAGGAAAGAAACAAGCAAGCAAGCAAGGGAGGAGGGCGGCCGUGCAGCCUGUCAGAGCUGGGGUGUUGGGCAGCCUGCAGCUCGGGGCUGCUCCCCGGGGCGCGGCGCGGGAAGGGCCCGGGCAGCGGAGGUCCCGCGGCGGGUGCGGGCAGGCGCUGUGAGGGCGCGGGCGGCGGGGCUGCGGCCGGGAGCGGCGGCAGCGGGGAGCGCCUCCGGGGCAGCUCCGCCGGCUCCAGCGGGGAGCGCUGCCCGGGCACGCCGGCCCGGCCGCUUCACAGGCGUGAGCUGCACACGGCAGGUUUGGGUUGGACAGCAGGAGGAAUUCCUUCCCAAAAGGGCCGAUUAGAUAUUGGAAGGGACUGCCCACGGCGGCGGUAGUGGCGUCCCCAUGCCUGGAGGGGUUUAAGGAAAGACUGGACGCGGCACUUGGUGCUCUGGGCUGGGUGACAAAGUGGGGAUCGGUCACAGGUUGGACUUGAUGGUCUCAGAGGCCUUUCCCAAGCUCAGGGACUCUGGGAUUCUCGCCCUGGCGAGGGGUUCGCUCCGGGCUCCUGCCGCAGGUGCCAUUCCUGCCGCUGGCGAGUGGAGCUCGCCUGUGGUCUUGCCUUUGGGAGGUUACUGCUCCUUUUGUGUUCACUGUAAUGCUUCCAGCAGCGCUUGAAGGUUGCAUCUUUCUGUGUUUUUAAAUGCCAAGUAAUCCCAGUCUUGCCUCUUGGGCAGUAUUCUUAAAUCCUCCAGUGUAUUGUAAAGUUCUCUCCACUUGGCUCUGCUACAAUUCUGCCUUGAGCUGGGAUGCUAAGCCUUGUUGAUUUUUAAAUGUGUUGUCUUGUUUUGGGGUUUUUUGUUUUUCAAAUACUUCAAUUUCUUCAGAAGUGAGUAGCCAGCUCUCCUUGCUUCAGCUGUUGUUAAUGAAGGAGAUUUGUCUUUAUUCAGUUGGAUGGAGAAGCAGCCUGGUUUGUGCAUUGCCAUGAGUGACCACUGCUUUCCUGUACUUCCCUGGUACUGAAGCCACCAGGAUUCAGUGAUGGAGGCUUUGCUGGAAGGAAUGCACAGAAAUGGGCAGGGGAGUGGUGGGUUCUUGACCUCCUGUGAGGCCGAGCUGCAGGAGCUGAUGAAGCAGAUAGACAUCAUGGUGGCUCACAAGAAAUCCGAGUGGGAAGAGCACACACAGGCUUUGGAAGCUUGUCUGAGUGCUCGGGAGCAGGAACUUUCCUCUGCCAAGGCAGCUCUGCAGGAAAAGCAAAAGGAGGUUGGCCUGCUGCGUCGCCGGGUUGAAGAUGUGGAAAAAUCCAAGCAGGACAUGGUUAGAGAGUAUGAACAGCAGCUGAAGAAAUUACAGGAGGAUUUGUCCCGGCUGAGGAGGAGCUAUGAGAAGCUGCAGAAGAAAAAAACAAGAAGCAGAGGCGAAGCUAACAAGGGACAAGAGGAGGACAAGUUUGAAUUGAGCCGACUGACCAGGAAGCUGGAGGAGUUCCGUCAGAAAUCACUUGACUGGGAGAAGCAGCGCCUGCGGUUCCAGCAGCAGGUGGCAUCGCUGGAGGCGCAGCGCCGGGCUCUGGCAGAGCACUCCGAGCUCGUGCAGACCCAGCUGGCCAAUCGGAAGCAGGUCCUGGACUCGGUGGAGCUGGCGAGCCGCUCGGAAAUCCAGCACUUGAGCAGCAGGCUGGAGAGGGCCAAGGACACCAUCUGUGCCAACGAGCUGGAGGUGGAGAGGCUCAGCAUGAGGGUGGAUGAGCUCAGUGAGGACAAUCGCACGAUUCUGGAAGAUCAGCAGAGAGUUCAAGAGGAAUUAAGGCAGUCCAAGAAAAUGUUAGAGGUGCUGCAGGAUGAGAAGAUGGAGCUGAGAGCCACUUUGCAGUCUCAAGAAGAUUUCAUUGACAGCUCGAAGCUGCACCAGGAACAGUUACGGAAAGAGCUGGACAGGAUGACUGAAACUCUUCACACAAAAGAACUCCUCAUCAGGGCCUUGGAGGAGCGCUUGCAAGGGAAGCCCUUGUCCUCUGCUGGGCUGGAGCUGGAGCAGGUGCUGCUGCAGCUGGAUGUUGCCCAGAAGAAGGAACAGCACUUGCAGUCAGAGGUGACUCGUCUUGAGAACAGCCUGGUGUCUUCAAAUGCCAGGUGUGUGCAGCUGAGCGAGGAGCUGGGUGAGAAUAUCAAAGAGCUGCAGUCCCUGGAAGAAGACCAGACUGAGUCAAGGGCAGAGAUUAAAAAGCUGAAAGACCAGCUCUCUCAGGCUGAACAAACGCACAGCAGUGAGCUAGCGGGGAUGAAAAGGGAGAGCUGCAGGCUGACACAGGAGCUGCAGCAGCGGGACAUCACCAUUGCAUCGGCGAGCGGCUCCACCUCAAACCUGGAGCAGCAGCUCAGAACAGAGAUUGAAAGAGCAGAGAGGAAAGCAGUGGAGCACAGGGUAAUUCUGGUCCAGCUGGAAACCUUGAGGCUGGAAAACCGUCAUCUCUCAGACAUUCUGGAAAAAACAGAGUGUGGUAAGCUGAAGGGUGACCAUGGCAUCCUGAGAGCACUCAGGGAGGACUACACUGCUGAGCUGCAGAAAUUAAUAUCUGAGAACCAGCAGCUGAGGAAGGACCUCGCAGAGACCAGGGCGAAACUGGGAGUCACUGCACAGGUGGGCCCAGGUGAACCUGAGGGCAUGGCUCAGCAGGGCCAGGACAAAGAGCCCAGGGAUGUACAGCACAGGACAGCUCAGGAAGCACAGCACGAGCAGGAUGAGCACACAGGGAGGACUCCUCUCCAGCCUGACAGGACUGCUCAGCAUCAUCACAGCGACUCCCAAAGUUGUGGGGCUGCUGAAACAGGAGCUGUGGCCCCUGAGAUGGGUGAGCCACCCUCCCAGAGCAGCAGCAAGAACUGCAAGGAGUCACGUGCCUGGCCGGGAGCGGAGUCUGUGCUUCAUGUGGUGCCUGAAAACAAAGAUUUUGCAGAUGAAGCGUCUAAGCAGCCUGCCUUAAAUCAUCACAGAGAAUCUAUGGUUUUGUGCCCCUUGCCUACAGCUUCUGUGGGAUCCAUUGCUGCACGAUACCUGGAAGAUGAAGAAGUGAGAUCCCAGCACAUCCUGGAGUGCCUAAAUGCUCACAUUGAGGAGCUGAAAACAGAGAGUGCAAAGAUAGUGAGACGCUUUGAACACCAGGAGUGAUGUUCCUUGUGGAAUUGGAAUGCUGGUUUCCUUAUGUGCUUCCAAACUGUGACUGGGAAGGUGCCUCUAUCCAGCUGGGAUUGGAGCUUGAGUGAGAGGCCAUGUGUCCCACUUGGAGCUGGAUCGGCAGGGUGGGAGUUGAGGAAAAGGAGCUCCUGUCUCCAUGCUUGCUCUGAUGGGGGGUGUUACACCACAAGCAUUUUAGUCAGCUUGCCAUAGGCAUUGCCAGAGACCUGCAUCUCAGCUAUGUGCUCACUCACAAAGUUGAUGGUGUUUUUUAAAAGCAAACCAUUUGCCAGUUUUUAUGUAUUUAAAGUAUAUUUUAUACGUGUAACAGCAUUGAAAUAAAUCAGAAUGGCCAACA